AUGGUGCUGCCGGACUCCUGCUGCCCUCUCCAGGGACUCGUCCCCCUGCCCCAGGCGGCGGCGGGCUCGCUGUCUGCCGAAGCCGCCGGACUCUCGCCACUGCCCCUCCGCCCGGGAGGGCCUUGGCGCCGCCGCCCAUGCCCCACGCUGCCCUUCCACCCGCUGCUCGGGCCGGGGCUGCUGCAGACCGGCCCGGGCUGCGCCCUGGUGGCGCUGAGCUUCGGGGCGCUGUCGCUUAUCAGCGCCCCGCAGGUGGAGAACUCGUGUCCCGUCAUCUGGGCCGGCUCCUCGGCAAUCUUAUGUGGAAUCUUAGGGUUAACAACAUGGAAGAGACCAAUGCUGCUUUUGGUUAACCUGUUUGUUCUACUGUCUAUGAUCAGUGUUAUGCUGAAUGUGACUGGAUUAAUACUAGGAUGUCAAGGCAUUCAGUUUGUGUCCAGGGUAUCCAGAUGCGAUUUGAUGGAUAUGGAUGAAAACAAGACUUGUUUGUGCUGUGAAGAACUUCAUUCCACUAGAUGCACAGAAGUAGAGGCUGUACUGAAGCUAUACCAUUUGAAGUCAUGCAGUGCUGCUCACCUUCUUCUCAAGAAAGUUCUCUUAGCUCUUAGUGCCCUGAAUGCUCUCACCGCUACAGUUUUCUUCAUAGCGGCUGCCCUGCAUUACUUACAGAUACUUGCGUCAAGAAGAUCCUGCACAGGUGAAUGUGAGCUUGAAGACAAAGAUCACAAUUUGGAUCCUGAUGAUUUUGUCCCACCUGUCCCACCUCCCUCCUAUUUUGCAACUUUUAAUUCUUGUACUCCACAAACAAGUCACAGCACACCUGUCUCUCAUGUGAUUUCACUGUCCUAUAUUUGUGGAACACAAAGCAAAGGGGUUGAGGUGUUCUGCCAUCUGGACCCACCUCCACCUUAUGAAACUGUGUGCAGCCUAAGAAGCUCUGAGCAGAUAUGGGCUACAGCAGGAAGUGCACUUCAAAUAAAUGGCAAGGAAGAUGUUGAUUCAGGAGAAGUAAGUUCCAGGCAGUCCUCUCAAGCUGAAGAAAUCCAGGAGCCUUCCCGCAGAGUGAGCCUUUCCCCUUCAAGUGCAAGCUGUGUGCCUGCAGGAGCGAACAGGAGAACCUUCUAUCCCUUGUGGAAACGUUCUAAAAGUGACCCUGUGCUCCUGCACUGCCAGAUGCCUCAAGGGACAGUGCUCAACUGUGAAACUGAAAGUGAUGUAAAUCCACUGAACGCUGUCACCUUGCAGAAGAGCUCAAGAGCAAGAGCCUUGAGGGGGAGACCUCAAUCUCUGAUAGACUAUAAGUCUUAUAUGGACACUAAACAGCGUAUGGCAGGGAUCCUUGAGCAGUCCUCCUCCAGCAUGAGCCCAGACAUACAUGACUUGGUGGAAAAUAUCAAGUCUGUUUUAAGGUCAGAUGAGAAACAUAUGGCAGAAGCUGUCACAAGUGCCACUUUCCUUGAGCAGGUGAUGACACCUGCCUGGCAAGCCACAUCAUUGAGAGUCCAUGUAUUACCUUUCAGACUGCGUCAUGGAUUGCUGUACCUGGAGAGCUGUGGUGUCCUGAGUACUUUCACCACAGAGGAAGAACAGCUAGCAGAGAGGAGAAUCCAAAGAGCAGAACAUGAACAGCCUCACAGUCGUAUUGGUGUUGUCAGGGAAACUGUACUCUGAGUUGGCUUUUUGGUUAUUCCUCAGCAAAGCACUUCUGUCAGACAUAUACAUACUGCAGAGGAAUAUCAUCUCUGGCAAGUGAGUGGAUGGGUCUGUCAAUAAUCACCUUUUAUGUGCAGACUGCAAAGGGGAAGAUUAUUCUACAAAGAGUAUUAAGCGGAUUGAAAGCUCACCUUUAUUGGGAAGCUCUCAGCUGCAGCUCAUCUGUUUGUGAUACAUUAGUGCCCUGCAUCUCUGUGAAGUUUGGCAACGUAUAGUUGGGGAUAUGAUGAUACAUCAUCCUUGUGAAAGGAGCUGUCAAAAUGGAGACCUUCAGAUACAAAGUAAGUUAGUAAAAAAAAAGGUGUACAGAAUUUUAAAAUUAUUCUUUAUAAAAGAAGGGUGUUGAUGUGCAAACUGUACCAAAAAUAAAAGCUGUCUUGAAGAAGUACUCUUUUCACUCAGUGAACUUCUCACUUAAUGGCAGAAAAUUAUUUUUGUCUUAAUGAUGGAACAUCCAAACCCAAAAGCACAAGUGUUUUGUGACAGGUGGUGCUGGCUUGUUACUGUCCCAGGAAGAAAGGCACUCUCUGUAUAGUCUCAUUUAAAAUGCUGUUUAUUACAGCAGGUGUUACGAAAAAAGAAGCUACUAUAGCUAAUUUUAUAUUCCUUCAAGUGCUGGGAACCCCAGAUUGUGCAGCAUCAAGCAGGGCACAAGUUAUCCAUAUCCCAUCUGUUUCACCCCACUUAGGUCAUUUGAAGUAAUUUAAAAUUUUCUUAAGAUAACAACUCUAUUCAUAAUUUCUAUUGUCAAAUAAAAGGGCUGUUCACAUGUGACCUUACUGCUGCACUUCUAGACAAAGGCAGGGACACACAUGUACUGCUGGGUGGUGUUUACCAUUUUGAGUACCAAUGGGGCUGCCUGCAGGAGCCUUUCUUAUAAUUAACCAUCUAAUUUUUUUCUGUGGCCAGGGGACACCCCUGGAUGUCCAUCUGUAGGAGCAGCACAAAGCACAGCACAGGCCUGGCCCAGCUCAGGUAAGAGGCACAUGAAGCACAAACUCGUCACGUACCAUUAAUUUAGGUUAGGAUUGUUCCAUAUGCUUCUGCACUGAACAUUUAUUUAAAUUACAGUCCCAGUCCUGACACUGACACUGUCAGUCCACACAGGUCACCAGCAUAAUCUCUUCAGCAUGCAAAGCACUACAUGGUGCUGGAACUGCAAGGGUGGGGCACGGUCUGCUUGUCCUGUGUAUGGAUCCAAACCCUUAAAACACUGAAGGAAAGGGCAAGAAACAUGUCCCCUGUAAGUACAGCAAAUCUGAGAAUUUUUUGUCUAUACUGCUAAAAUAAGGGCUUAUGUUUAUCCAACAAAAUGCAGACGUUUGUAACACAGAAAUUGGUAUGUACAGCUAAUGGUAAGAACAGAUAGGAGGAUGGAGGGACACAGGGAAACGGAGAGAGCAAGCUCAGCCUGUCUAUUACACCCUUUGCCAGAGACUUCACAAAUUUUUUCCAUCUGUCAUUUAAGCAAAUAGGGUGAAAUACUUAUUUUGCUUGUGUUGAUAGAAUUUUUAUUUCAUAUUACAAACAUCCACUAAGUUUCUGAAUGCCCAUGUUUACUUUUCUUCUGAAUCAGCUGUGGCAUGUAUUUUCAUUUCUGUGGUUUCAAAGUAUUCAUGACAACCUAUGAGGCACAGAAAAUCCUAUGAAGCCUCACCUGAAGAAACACUCCCCUGAUGACUUUUUUUUGGUUGACUUUCAAAUAUAAUCAUAUUUUUCAUAAUCUCUCAUUAUACAAGUAUUUUUAACCUUAGCACAGGAUUAAUUUUAAGGACAGACAUAUUACAAUUCUACUUCUUAUUCAUUCAAAUGGUGUUAGGUCUUUAAUAAUAAACCAUGCUGAUGACAUUUGAAGGAAAACAGUGAUUUCAGAAAUCACUCAAGUGUGAAGAACUUUUAUCAAAGCCUCAUUUAUGAAAAAUUCUUAUUUAAAGUUAUUCAAUCUACGAAAUAGUGUUUCUGUCACAAUAACAGUGGCAUUUCACAUAGUAAAAACUUGAGAUGCCACCUUAGAUAAGGAAUCAGCUUUGCUGAGGAGCACUAGUAUCAUGUAUUGCCUGGAAAGAGUGCUAUUUUAAAAAUAAAGGUAACAGCAUUGCUUUGUGCCUGCAGAAACACAGAUAGAAUUACUCCAGACUAAGUGGCAAAAAAGAAGUUCAGACACUUUCCAAUAAUGUAUACAUUCACCAUUGGCAACUCAGCCUCUAGGUCGGUAUGAGCAAAUUCUCAGCCUUGUCUGAGGUAUUUUUGUUUUGUAGUUUAUUGUUGCAAAUCUUACAGACAUUAGCGCUCCGUUAAAUAAAGGAAUGUAGCACAGUAAAUACAUCACAACAAAAUAACUGGCCAGAAACCCCCUACCCUGUCCCAGCCAAAGCAAAAAGCCUACUCUUCUCCCCUGUUUCUCCCCAAAUCAAACCAGCACAGCUUUGUUAGAGAGGUCAGAGACCUGUGGCAGAAAACAUCAGAGUAAUUACAUUCAGUAGAUGUGCAAUAUCAACAUUCCAGGCUCACAUAUAUUUAUAUAUAUUUAUAUUUAUAUAGAGAGAUCAUUAAAUGUUUACAAAGAACAAUAUUGUUACAAAUACAAUACUAUGCUUUUCCCAAGGUUUUACAAUAAUUUCUAUUCAUCCUCUUUACAGAACAAUAGUACAACUUCAUAGUCUAGGUACUGCACUAAAUAUAUACAAGAGAUCUCAACCAUGUUGCUGUCUUGAGAAAUGCAUUUCUUUUAGAAAAGAAGGAAAGCUAGCAAACUUGGAAACCCAAACUCAGACUCAAACAAGAUUCAAAACAAACAUGAAGCUUCUCAAAAGUAAAAAAUACAAGGGAUGUUUCAUCCUUAAUGUAAACACUGAAGAGUUAAUUAGACUUUAUGAAGAAGCAAGGAUGAAAGAAAAAGAAUUCAGGUCUAUCACAGAAGAAGGAAUGUAAACCUUUGAAGGAAUGUUCCUUUGCAUCUGUUAAAAAUCCCCAUAUCUGAUCUAUCAAGCUGUUGCAACAGUCUAGAGAACAGCCAGCGUCCCUUUUGAGUUUCAUUUUCUUGGAACACUUUCUGUUUACAGAUUAAAAUGGGAUUGUUUACAAGACUGUUCUCAGAAGUGUGCACACACUAUGGACCUCUCAAUUUAGAAAUCUUAUGUACAUACUGUAACUGAAAAAAUGAGAUUUUUUUGCUAAGCUCUGGUUCUGCAAGCAUUCAUUUGCUUAAUGUCAAGCACCUAUUUAAGAUGAACAGUCGCUCCACAAACUCUCGGCUGCAAGACUUCCAAAGAAACAGUUAUUUCUUCUCUAAAUACAUUUGCAUGUUUAGAUCUUCACCAUUUCCCACUGAAGUGAGCUAAAGACUUCACCACAUGGGCUAGACAGAACCACAGAAACAAAUUAAGUGGAGAGCAUACACACAGCAGGAACCAGGAGCAUGGUAACUGUGUCUUCACAGGUUCCUCACUAGGUUUCCUCAGGCAAUGUAUGGAAAGGCUGCACUGUAUAUAAUCUUCUAAAUUUUACAUGGUUAUAUACCAUAUUUACAUUUAUUACUAUAUAUAUGAAAAGUUUUAGAAAAAAGGUUCAAAUUACCAUAAACCAGAUGUCUACAGGUCAACAACAAACUCACAAGCCAUUAAUUAUCUUGUUGCAUCAGUGAGGCAGCAGAGUUAAGUACUAAUCUGGAAUACUAACACCAUUCUCUUGUGCAAUCUGCUAUUCUGAAGCCUUGGAUUAAAUAAUAUAACAACAAGAAAUGCAGUAAAAUCAAGUCAUUUUACAUUAU